CGAGCGGCGGAGUGGCUUGAGCGUCGUAAAGUAUUAGCCUGUGAGGCUAACAGGUACGAUCGGCCAUCGGGGGGGGUAUUUCGGGAAUGCGCAGUCGAGUGAUCGGCGCGGAUACAAGCCGCCGCGGGGAACCUGAUGCGAACUCUCUUCUUCACCGACGCGGUUUUCUAGGUAGGCAGCCACCAUGUCGGUCUCCCUAAAAUGUAUUGGAGUCAUAUCCAUUGGAGAAAUGGGCCUGGGCGUCGCCCGCCUGCUCAUCGCCCAUGGAUAUCGCGUGGUGACCUUUGUGGCCGAUCGCAGCGCCACAACACAAAAUCGGGCCUCGUCUGCGGGGGUGGAGGAGUGUCAGUCGCUACGUGAAAUGGUGUGUGAAAGCGACUGUGUCUUGUCCAUUGUUCCCCCCAAGGAUGCCCACGACACCGCGCGACGCAUCGCCGCAGAGCUGCCUAGUCGAGCAGCGAAACGAUCUACGCCUUUGUAUUUCCUCGAGCUAAAUGCCGUCUCCCCGAGUAGCGCACGCGCGAUGGCAGCGCUCUUCACUGCCACUCCCUCAGCCGCCGUGACCAUCGAUGGCGGAAUCAUCGGUGGUCCUCCCCAGCCCGUGGACGAUGACCGCUGGAAGAGUCCCAGACUGGUGAUGUCCGGACCCAGUCCGCUACCAGACGGUCAGCUUACCACCAUCCUCAACGUGCGACACGUGUCGACCGAGAUCGGCGCGGCGAGCGGUCUCAAGAUGUGCUUCGCCUCUUUGACCAAGGGCUUCACCGCAUUAGCCAUUCAGUCCUUCACGUCGGCGCAGGGACUAGGGACGUUGCCGGAAUUGCGCGACCUGUUGCAGGAACACUUCCCCGCGAUGCUGUCCCGCGCCGACGCAGGCGUGCGAUCCAUGCCCCCCAAGGCGUACCGCUGGGUGCGGGAGAUGGAAGAAAUCGGAGACACCUUCGCGGACGAGGGGUUCGAGCGCGAUCUGUUCUAUCAGGUGGCACAGGUCUAUCGCACCGUGGCGGAUGAUCCGAUCCUGGGCCAGGAGCAAACCGGACAGAGAGAACGGGGUCAGACGGCGGAGGAUGUCGCGGGGAUCUUACAUGGUGCGCUUUCUAGAGAGGGGGAAGAUCCACAGUAGCAUGGUCCAU